AUGGAAUUAGUUGUCAUAUUUUUUCUCUCUCUCAUCUUUCUUUCUUUCUUUCUUUCUUUUCUUUCUUUCUUUCAUCCAUGUACCUUUAUGCGGAAAACAGCAAUCCUUCAAAAUAAAGGAAGUCGCUCGCAAGAGAGUCUGUCCUUGACUGUCCAGCCGAACGCUUUGCUCGCGGCCCUAAGACCGGCUAACAUCAAAGCCAUCUCCAAAGGUAACUCUGCAACAUGUCACCUCCGCUUACUACCACUGACGAAUUUCUAUUCCUAUCUAUCUAUCUAUCUAUCUAUCUAUCUAUCUAUCUAUCUAUCUAUCUAUCUGUUCAUAUAUAUCUGUCUCUCUAUCGAAAUCUAUCUAUCUAUCUAUAUGUUCAUAAAUAUCUGUCUCUCUAUCGAAAUCUAUCUAUCUAUCUAUCUAUCUAUCUAUCUAUCUAUCUAUCUGUUCAUAUAUAUAUGUCUCUCUAUCGAUAUCUAUCUAUCUAUCUAUCUAUCUAUCUAUCUAUCUAUCUAUCUAUCUCAGUCUUUCAUCUCUAUCCUAUCAGUUCCUAUUUAUCGGUAUCUAUCUAUCUAUCUAUCUAUCUAUCUAUCUAUGAGCUUAAAAUAUGGAUAA